AAGCUGAAUUUCCCUAGCUGACGUCAGCUGACUGUCUUGGCUGUACUAGCCGCUCCGGACAUAGUGCUGUAAAAAUGCUGCUCUCUGUGCCGCCAAGGACAGGAAUCAACCCAUAUAACGGCUAUACCAGCAGAACCAGUAAAAAGCAGGCGUAUGUGUCCUCCACCCAACAGAUGGCGCCACCCAGUCCCAGCACCACCACUACAGCCACCACCACCACCAGCAGCAGUAGCAGCAGUAAUGGGAGCAGUAUCUCAGCUGACCAGCUGAGCAAAACCAACCUCUACAUCCGCGGCCUUCACCCUGGGACCACAGACCAGGAUCUCGUCAAACUCUGUCAGCCGUAUGGCAAGAUUGUAUCAACAAAGGCCAUCUUGGACAAGACCACCAACAAGUGUAAAGGUUAUGGCUUUGUGGAUUUUGACAGUCCAGCAUCGGCACAGAAAGCAGUGACUGCACUGAAAGCUAGUGGGGUCCAGGCUCAGAUGGCCAAGCAACAGGAGCAGGACCCCACCAACCUGUACAUCUCCAACCUGCCCAUGUCCAUGGACGAGCAGGAGCUGGAGAGCAUGCUUAAGCCCUUCAGCCAGGUCAUCUCCACCCGCAUCCUCCGAGACGCCAACGGCACCAGCCGCGGCGUAGGCUUUGCCAGGAUGGAGUCAACAGAGAAAUGUGAGACCAUCAUUCAACAUUUUAAUGGCAAAUACAUAAAGACUCCUCCUGGCGUGCCAGUGCCCACGGAGCCCCUGCUGUGUAAGUUUGCGGACGGAGGCCAGAAGAAGCGGCAGAGUCAGGGGAGGUACCAGCAGAACGGGCGGCCCUGGACGAGGGAGGGGGAGACGGGAGGAAUGACGUUGACCUAUGACCCCACCCCAGCCUUACAGAAUGGGUUCUACUCAUCGCCCUACAGCAUGGCCCACAACCGAAUGAUUGCACAGACGUCCAUUUCACCGUACAUGCAUUCUCCCGUAUCCACCUAUCAGGUACACAGUCCAUCCUGGAUGCAUCCCCAGUCAUACCUCAUGCAGCCCACAGGAACUGUCCUGACGCCCACCAUGGAGCACCCCAUGUCCAUCCAGCCCACCUCUAUGAUGGGCCCCCUCGCGCAGCAGCUCAGCCACCUAUCACUGGGCAACGCCGGCACGUAUAUGGCUGCCAACACGGCUAUGCAAGGGACUUACAUCCCCCAGUACACUCAAGUGCCUCCCUCCAGCGUCGCAGUAGAGGUGAGAAACGGCAGGGAAAAAACCAUGAGGAGACUGCUUGGGAGCGUCCAUGCCUAUUCCUGGGGUAACGCUUGCCUCUGUCUCCCACAGGAAAACAACGUUCCACAACAGCAGGUCGCCAUAGAGACCCCGACGGAACACACCACCUACUCCUACCAGCACAGCAAAUGAGGAGGUGUGUGAAUCCUGUGGAGGUCCAGUGCGUGCUGGAGAGUGUUUCUCUCUGGGACAAGGACACGGUCUACCUGAAGCCAAGUGCUGAAAGACACUCAAAACACUACAUGGACAAACACACACAUGUUGAAGACAAAGAACGGAACAGAUUUUUUUUUCUAAAAAAAGAAGACAAAAGACAAAAAAAAAACACUACCAAAAAGGAAAGACAUUUUUAUUCUACCACAUAUUUUUUGGUUCGUUCUGGGCAGCAGGCUAGCCCUGUGUGGAGGACUGCUUGCACAGAGUGCUGAAACUGCUGCAUUUAAGAAGAGACUCUAAAGCUAAAGCAAUGAAAUGAACAAAACUGGCUAAGAAAACAUCAAAGGCAACACACACAUACACUCACUGUCAGACAUACAUGCAGAGACAGAGACUGAUGCACAGCAAAAGCCUGAGCAACCCCCCCCCCCAACACACUUACACACACACACACACACACACACACACACACACACAUACACACACAUACACAAACAAACAAACAAAGGCUACACACACACACAGAGAAACGUUAUUUUUCUGCACGUAAUACAACCAUUUUUUUUAUUAUUCUGGGAGUCCAGAGUUAAAUGAGAAAAUUGAGGCUACACCAUGUGUCGUUUUAGAAUUUUAGUAUGAUUUAUUUGUUCUUUUCUUUUUGAAGUGUUAUUUUGAAUUCUUAAGCUGUCAGCUACAGUGAAAAUGUUUUUUUGUACAGGUCAAGAGGUCAUCCAGCAAUCAACAUGUCCUUUUUUGCAAUGAUGUGGCUUUAUUUUUAACAAAUUAAAAGAUUUUAUGUGAAACUAUUAACAAACUGCUUAAAGCUGUUUUGUUCUGAUGGCAGUGGGGGUUUCCCAUAAUGUGUAGUUCUUUUAGAAUUGUGAACAUCACUAAUUCCUCUUGUAGAAUUACAUAGCAGUGGUUGAGCCUACCAUAGGCAAAAAAUUAAUUUGGCAGGUUUCAUUCCAUACAAAGCCUGCUAUUACAAUAGAUCUGGUUAGAGUCAGAAAAAGUUAAUUUUAAAAUGCUUUAAAAUGUCAGUCGACUGAACAAAAGGAAAUAGAAAGCCCAGUAGAAUUUCUGUGGUAGGCUAGAAAUGUAUUGCCCGCAUAUCUUACGAUGGUGCUACUGUUUGUGGGGCAAGUCUGCCCCCUGUCUUCGCCUCCAUACCUUGUGUCCAUGCCAUUCACUGAACAUCACUACCAUGCAAAGUAGCUUUAAGCAGUUUUGAUGGAUGGCUUAGGAAUAAACUGUCCAAUACUUCA